CCCGCCUGUCCCUCCGGGCGGCUCAGGCGCCACCACUACUGUCCCCAACCCGCCCCGCCAGCCCGGGCAAAGGGCAGCGUGACUCACAGCGCUGCCACCAGCCCACCGCUUGCCCGCGGCGUAUAAAGGCUGCCCGGUGGGAGGCGGCGAGCCCUGCCCGGCCCGAGGUGCGCAGAGCAUGGCCAGGGGCGCGGAGCGAGGCCGCGGGGGCUCCGGCUGGGGGCUGCGGGGCGCGCUGGCGGCGGUGGCGCUGCUGUCAGCGCUCAAUGCUGCGGGCACCGUGUUCGCGCUGUGUCAGUGGCGCGGGCUGAGCGCGGCCGUGCGGGCGCUGGAGGCUCAGCGCGGCCGGGAGCAGCGCGAGGACAGUGCGGUGCGCUCCUUCCUGGCUGAGUUGAGUCGCACGCGGCGCAGGGCGCCCGCGCCACCCCCGGACCCCGCCAGCGCCGCGCGCAACAAGCGCAGCCACAGCGGGGAGCCCGCGCCACACAUCCGCGCCGAGAGCCACGACAUGCUGAUGAUGAUGACCUACUCCAUGGUGCCGAUCCGAGUGAUGGUGGACCUCUGCAACAGCACCAAGGGCAUCUGCCUCACAGGACCCCCUGGCCCACCAGGACCUCCAGGAGUCGGUGGGCUUCCAGGACACAAUGGAUCAGAUGGACAGCCUGGUCCCCAGGGCCCAAAAGGAGAAAAAGGAGCAACUGGAAAACGAGGAAAACUAGGGCCGCCUGGAGCCACAGGAACUCCAGGGGAGAAGGGAGACCCUGGUGAGCUGGGCUUGACUGGAAAUGAGGGCCCAGCUGGGCCAAAGGGUGACAAAGGAGACAAAGGGGACGUGUCCAAUGAUGUGCUCCCCACAGGUGCUAAAGGUGACCAAGGCCCACCUGGACCCCCUGGACCCCCGGGCCCUCCAGGUCCCCCAGGACCUCCUGGAAGCAGAAGAUCUAAAGGCCCUCGGCAGCCAAACAUGUUCAAUGGCCAGUGCGCAGGUGAGACGUGUGCCACACCGAACGAUGGUACGUUGGUUGGAAAGGCUGAUGAGAAGGCCGGGGAUCACCAUUCUCCACCAGCAGAAUCUGUGAUCGCUUCCAUUGGGAGUCCAAAACAAGUACUAAAAGUUAGAGAGACAUUUGGGACGUGGAUAAGAGAGUCUGCGAACAAGAGUGAUGAGAGGAUCUGGGUGACGGAACAUUUCUCAGGCAUCAGGGUGAAGGAAUUCAAAGACCAACCCUCACUGCUGAACGGCAGUUACGCACUCGUGCAGCUGCCGUAUUAUUUCCAUGGCUGCGGGCAUGCCGUUCACAACAACUCUCUCUACUACCACAAAGGAGGUUCCAACACCAUAGUGAGAUUUGAUUUUGGCAAAGAAACAUCCCAAACUCUGAAGCUUGAAAAUGCCCUGUAUUUUGAUCGAAAAUACCUCUUUGCAAAUUCCAAGACUUACUUCAAUUUAGCUGUGGAUGAAAAGGGUCUUUGGAUUAUCUACGCUUCGAGUGUGGAUGGCUCGAGCAUUCUCGUUGCCCAGCUGGAUGAGAGGACAUUCUCUGUGGGGCAACACAUCAAUACUACGUACCCCAAAACCAAGGCCGGCAAUGCCUUCAUUGCCCGAGGGAUCCUUUACGUCACAGACACCAAAGACAUGAGGGUAACAUUUGCUUUUGAUUUGUUAGGAGGGAAACAGAUCAAUGCUAACUUUGAUUUAAGAACUUCCCAGUCUGUUCUUGCCAUGUUAUCAUAUAAUAUGAGAGACCAGCAUUUAUAUUCGUGGGAAGAUGGCCAUUUAAUGCUUUAUCCUGUGCGGUUUUUGUCAUCUACAUUAAACCAGUGAAGAGAGGCAUCCUGUUCCCCCUCAGCAACUUUCAGAUUUCUCUGGCAUCAUUUAUAUCCCAACAUAAAUCUUGUCUGUAGGAUAACCAGGUACUUAGCUGUCAUAAUCUCAUGACAUGAGUGUUGAUACGGUCAGGGAAUCCCCUUUAAGUUCAGAUUCCUUAGGGUGAAAUAGCAAAGACGAAGUCAAAAUGGCUGAGAUUUGGUGAUUUCUCCACAGACUAGCUGGCCAAGUUACCCCUUCCUCGUUAGGCCUUGUUUUCCCGACCGGUAAUAGGCAAGGCCUGGCGAAGAUGAUUGGCAAGAAUUCCUCCACCUGUAGGAAACUCCAUGAUUCUCGCUGUUGCUGCCCUCCCAGCGGUUAUACAUUUGGUUUUGGAUUUUGGGUAUUUAGCCACGUGCUGAGCAAAUUUACCUCCGAGUUUCUAAGCCUAAUGACUUGAGCGGAGAAUUCCUGAGUACUGACUUGUUUUCAAUGCCUAGGGAAGCCGCUUGGACCCUUUCAGGCUGCAGAGGAACCAGAUUGCCCGUAAUUUUAUUACCUUUCUCUGCCUCUGCACCUGCCACCCCAGCACCAGAAUGAUCAUUAUCCUCAGCUCCCGCUUGCCCCUCCAGGAUUAGCAAAAAGCCAGGCACAGGCUACACGCUCAGGUUUGCUAAUAAAACAGAAACAGACCCUUCUGGGCUCCCAUCCAUCUCUGAGCAUGCUGAUUUGCAGGUGUGGAUAAACGUUGACUCCUCAGGUCGUCCCGGCUUGCACAGCGACGCCUCUGUCCUCAGAGAACUAAAUAUUGUGUAAGUAGGCACGAACCUGGCUAGAGCCGUGGGACGACGCCCUUGGCAGUUCUCCAGAGAGGCACGGUUUGUGGCUAUUAUCUAGAACAGG